AUGUCAUACUUCAAGACCGGCCAGGAAUGGCUGGAACAGUCCACUCUGCUCAUCCAAGCGAGCCCUACAACUACCAAAAUUACAACGCGAUACUCGAUAAAGGCCGUCAAGCGCCGCAAGGCCGCCGCCGCCGACGCCGCCGCCGCCCCGGAGAAGCCGCCCCGCGCCGUGCUCGUCCUCAAGACGUUUGACCCGGUCAGCGGCGUGACGCUCAAGUACCGCACGACAAAGGCGGCCGAGGUGUCGCGGCUGAUGGGCGCCGCCAUGGGCCAGCUGGGCCGCAGCAUGGCUGCGCUGCCCGAGGUCGCGCCUGAGGAGGCCAUGCCGGAUGCUGCUGCCGACGAGGACGAGCAGCCCAAGUCAGUGCCGCAGGUACAGACGCAGACCACGAGUGCGCCGCCGCCAGCGACGGGAGGAGGUGGCGGAGGCAAGAAGAAGAAGAAGGGCAAGAAAUGA